AACAUCAUGAAAUUCACUAUACAACGACAAGAUACAGCAUUUCUAUAGUCAAUGCAAAACCUUUGUGCGCCGGUUUCAAAUCGACUUUUUUCUGCUACAACCAUACUCGUUGCUUCGGUUUCUUCCUCGGAGACUGUUUGACAUUCAAAUCGGAGUUUCAAAGCGCCCUCAGACUUGGGCCAGGACGGUUUUGUCAACCAAGCCCUUUCUGUUCUUCGGAAGGCCAGAGCGCUUCUCUGAAGUCCGCAGUUUGCCAGUCGGAAAUAGUCGAAGUCCAACACAUUUCGCGACAUCAGGGUCGGUGCUCGGAUCGCUUACAUAUUCACCUUUCCAUCACGGGAAAGGCACUCUGUUCUCAGGCAUCGGGUUACUACAAAAAAACAUGUCCACACGCAGGUCCGCCCGGCUGAGUGCUGCUGCCGAGGCCAAGCCAUCGCUAGAAGUGAUGCCACCUCCGCCCAAACCAGCUGCAAAAUCCAGAAAGCGGAAGGAGGCUGCAGAAUCGGAGAUUGAUGCAUCGCCAAAGAACGAAGCACCAUCAACGCCUAACAAGAGGCGCGUGGUUUCGAAGCCCACGGCGCCACCUCCAGCGACUCCCACCCCCAGCAACGCAAAGCUCAUUGGCGAGCCUGUAACCAACGGCAUUUCGCCCACAACGCCUAAGCCCAAGCCAGCGGCGGUGAGAAGACUAGCAGAUCCUAACGCCAGUAACGCGACUCUUCUAUCACCGGAAUCAUCUAGGGUUGUCGCAUCCAAGUCUCUGGACGCCGUCUCGCCUUCCAAGGUUUCUGCCUUUGAGACUACAACGGAGAACAUCCUUCAAGUGGCAUGUGACCACCUCAUCAAGGUUGACCCACGUAUGAAGCCGCUGAUCGACAAGACCUACUGCCAAAUCUUCUCUCCCGAAGGCCUCGCUGAAAAAGUCGACCCAUUUGAGUCACUGUGCUCCGGCAUCAUCAGCCAACAGGUUUCUGGCGCCGCCGCCAAGGCAAUCAAGAAUCGUUUCGUCGAUCUUUUCGGGCCUGAAAGGGAGGGCAGAUUUCCCCAUCCGAGCGAGGUUGUCAAGAUGACGAUCGAGACCUUACGCACAGCAGGACUCAGUCAGAGGAAAGCGGAGUACGUGCAAGGGCUGGCAGAAAAGUUCACGUCCGGUGAGCUCUCGACGCAGCUUCUGCACGACGCUUCGUAUGAGGAGGUUCUCAAGAAGCUCAUAGCGGUUCGUGGCCUGGGGCAGUGGAGCGUUGAGAUGUUUGCAUGCUUCGGGCUUAAGCGCAUGGACAUCUUCUCGUUAGGUGACCUGGGUGUGCAAAGAGGUAUGGCUGCUUUCGUCGGGAGAGACGUGAGUAAGCUGCGUGGCAAGGGUGGCAAGUGGAAGUAUAUGAGUGAGAAGGAGAUGCAGGAGAUGGCGGACCGCUUCAAACCAUACCGGAGCGUCUUCAUGUGGUAUAUGUGGAGAGUGGAAGAGACGGACAUUAGUACACUCGAGUGAGCUUCGAUCAUGAAUAUAUACGCGGCUUGUUUUAUGAGCCGCUGGUCAUUAAGCCAUCUACUAUAGAUUGCUGGCGAGUAAUACGGAGUAUGCUAUAAAAAGAAUCAAAAUCAGAUAACCUC